AACUUAAUGACCACUUCGAGUUAUGUUUUGACGUAAAGGAGACGCGUUGUGUUCGAGUAAACAAAUUUAUUUUGUAGUUUCUUUUCCCGUGUAAAGUGAAAAAAUACUUAUUUUUCCAAAAUGACUAUGGCAAUGCUUCAACGGAGGGCCAAUGUAAGAUUGCCUCCGGAAGUGAAUAGAGUAUUAUACAUAAGGAAUUUGCCUUAUAAAAUCACAGCUGAAGAAAUGUAUGAUAUUUUUGGCAAAUAUGGAGCUAUCAGACAAAUUCGAGUGGGUAAUACAGCUGAGACUAGAGGGACAGCUUUUGUUGUUUACGAAGACAUAUUCGAUGCCAAAAAUGCAUGCGACCACUUGAGUGGAUUCAAUGUUUGUAACAGAUACCUGGUAGUUUUAUAUUAUCAAAGUAAUAAGGCCUUUAAACGGGUUGAUGUAGAUAAAAAGAUGGAAGAGAUAGAUAAAUUAAAGACAAAAUAUAAUCUUAACGAAGAAAAGAAAUAAUUAUGUAACUAUUAUAACUUAAUUAAGACACCAAAUAUAAUCUCCUGUUGUUUAUUUAUAAUAA